ACGUCUUUUAUUUUGACACCGCGGACUAAAAGCAUCACGUGACUUCAUCACGGGAAAGUUGAAGUCACAUGAAUUUUUGGGACUACUUAAACCAUUUACUAGCCGGUUAAGAUUUUUUCCCCACACCUGGAAAGAUGCAUCUUGUGCUGGUGUGUUUGUUGCUGGGGGUUCUGGAGGUUUCUGGGGCUCCGAAUGCAGAUGAGAUCAAAUAUCUUCCCGGACUUCCAAAACAGCCCAGCUUCAGGCAUUAUUCAGGAUACUUCAACGUGGCAGACAACAAACACCUUCACUACUGGUUUGUUGAGUCUCAGAAAGAUCCGGCCAAUAGUCCGGUUGUUCUGUGGCUGAACGGAGGACCGGGAUGCAGCUCCUUGGAUGGUUUACUCACAGAACACGGACCAUUCCUGAUCCAAGAUGACGGUGCAACUCUAGAAUAUAACCCUUAUGCUUGGAACAAGAUUGCAAAUGUUUUAUACCUGGAGUCACCAGCAGGUGUCGGCUUCUCCUACUCUGAUGACAAGAAGUACACUACCAAUGAUACAGAGGUGGCCACAAACAACUACUUGGCCCUGAAAGAAUUUUUCAGGUCGUUUCCUGAGUUCAGCAAGAAUGAGUUUUUCCUGACCGGAGAGAGUUACGGAGGCAUUUACAUUCCCACACUGGCUGAGAUCGUUAUGGAGGACAGCAGCAUUAAUUUGCAGGGUAUUGCAGUUGGAAAUGGCUUGUCAAGUUAUGAACUGAAUGAUAAUUCACUCAUCUAUUUUGCAUACUAUCAUGGACUUCUUGGGACCAGCUUGUGGAAUGACCUGCAGAAAUUUUGCUGCAAAGAUGGAGUGUGCAACUUCCACGAUAACCAGGACGUGAACUGCUCCGUUUCUCUCUAUACAGCUCAAAAUAUAGUCUACAAUUCAGGACUCAACAUUUAUAACCUGUACGCACCCUGUGCCGGAGGUGUACAGCAGCGGGUCAGCAUUGAAAAUGGCCAGUUUGUGAUCCGAGACCUGGGCCACCACUUCCUCAACCAUCCAUGGUCCAAAGCGCAGAACGAGAAAUUGCGAGAUGUGGUCUCCCUGUUCAAGUCCUCGAGGCUGGAUCCUCCGUGCACCAACUCGACUCCGUCCACGCUGUACCUCAACAACCCGCUGGUGAAGUCUGCUCUCCACAUCUCCCGCGGUGCUCUGGACUGGGUCAUCUGCAGCGCUGAAGUCAACCUGAACUACAAACGUCUGUUCAACGAUGUGAAGAAGCAGUACCUGAAGCUUCUUGGAGCGCUAAAAUACCGCGUGCUGGUGUAUAAUGGAGAUGUGGACAUGGCCUGCAACUUUCUAGGAGACGAGUGGUUUGUGGAGUCGCUCCAGCAAGAGGUACAGGUGCAGCGCAGACCUUGGGUUUAUUUCAACGGUGAAACUCAGCAGAUCGGCGGCUUUGUCAAGGAUUUUUCCCACAUUUCUUUUCUCACGGUGAAGGGUUCGGGUCACAUGGUUCCCACUGACAAACCCAUAGCGGCCUUCACGAUGUUCAGUCGCUUCAUCACCAAACAACCUUACUAGAACACACUCAGGGAUUUUUACUGUAUUUGCACUUUCACACUGGUAUAAUGUUUCUGAUGUAUGCACCACAGAUUUUUAUUUUUUUUUUUUCCCCUCCUCAUUUUGCUACUCAAAACUAUGUGUUUAAGUAGUUCAGUUGCCAGCCUGUGAACUAAAGUCAUGCUGACUGUACAUAAUUUUGUCUUAUGCGUUGAAGAGAUUUCCAGGUGUCUGUCGAUCUCUGAUUCUGAUUGAUUUAAUAGCGAGAGACGCUAAGUGUUUACGAAUUGAAAUGCAAUCCGAUCAGCUGUGAGUGGAUGAUGACUGUUAAUUGCACAAUUUUAGCUCACGUCUUCUCAAACAUGAAACCGUAGCUUUUAUUAAUCAUCACACAGAUUACGUCACUCUGAUAACUAGACUUUGGUUGAGGUGUCACUCGUUUGUGGUUUAAAGUGAUGUACUUGUGCUCAUAAGGGAAUAUUUUUGUGCCUUUUUAAUCCUCUCCCUGUUUUUUAAUUAAAGACAUUUUCUAUGA